GAUGCUUGCGCCGCUCCGGCCGCGCUCGUCACGUGGUGCCUCUGCGCGGGGUCAGCGGGGGUAGGCGUCGGCGCCCGCGGCAGAUUGUGCCGGACAGCUGACUGCGGAUGGGCAAAGCGCGGCUCCAAUGCACUCGUCCACUGAGAGAUAGCUGCUGUCGGGCCUGAUGGAGCUGACCCGCCGUCAGCUGGCCCUGACGCUGCUGCUUCUCUGCGGGGUCAGCCGGGUCAGCCCGGGCGAGGCGCAGUCAGGUCAGACGCAGGUGACGGCGGCGCCCGGACGGCCCAGCGAGCCGGCCACGCCGCGCCGGCAGUCGACGCCAGCCGCCACCGGCGCUCCCGACUCCGGCCGACAGAGGCAGCCGCAGAGGUCUGGCCAGCAGCGGCAGGCGGAGAGUGCGGACAGGGGCCGGCGCCACCGCGGCGAUCACUCCAACGACCUUGCGCUCUGGAUCGACCCCAAGCAGAUCGAACAGUUCUCAGGCUACCACAUGCAGAUCCCGGUGAUCACCGCCGGCCGGCUGCUACCGCAUAUCAUGGACCCCAACUUCGAGCGCUAUCUGCCGACGAUCCCCGCCGAGGUUGGCUACGUCAACUUCACGUGGAGCUCUGGGCGGCGUCGUUACAACUACAGCUUCUUCGAGCUGACGUCAGAGGACACUGCAGUGCUACGGCCGCCCAGCGUCUCUGUGGACAGAACGGGACGCAUCCCGAGAAAAGCUCGUACGUUCUCGAUCGGGCUGCCGUGUGUGGGGAACGUGUCGGGCGCCGUCCGGUUCACCGUCGGCCUGGACAUCACGACCCGACGGGGACGGCGCGUGCGGGGCCUGCCGCUGCGGCUGCGGCUCAAGAAGGAGUGCAGGAUCAGCCACGGACCUGACCCCGAAUGCGACAAACGCUGCGGCAACGGCGGCUUCUGCAACGCCGGUGGCCAGUGUCAGUGUCCGCUCGGCUACAUGGGCAAAUACUGCAACACGGCGCUGUGCUACCCACAGUGCAUGAACGGCGGGUCGUGCGUACGGCCUGGACAGUGCGAAUGUCGGCCCGGCUACCAGGGGCCGCACUGCGAGGGAGGCAUUUGUCACGAACGAUGUUUGAACGGCGGCAAAUGCAUACAGAAAGACACAUGCAACUGCAAAAAAGGUUAUUACGGAGCGCGCUGCCAGUUCAGCAAGUGUCUGAUCCCGUGUCAGAACGGCGGCCGGUGCCGGGGCGUGAACCAGUGCCGCUGCCGCUCGGGCUACACCGGCCACCACUGUGAGGUGGUGGCGCGCCAGCGGUGCCGCCGCUGCAGGCACGGUCUGUGCGUGGCGUCGCGCUGUGAGUGCAGGCGCGGCUGGCUCGGCCGCCGCUGCAACAAACGUAAGCGGGGCAGGCGGGGCCGCCGCCGCCACCGCGGCCGGACGCGGCGUAAGCAGGCAUGAGGAAGGCAGCCGGCCAGGCGCAGAGGGCGACCACGGCAGCAGAGGAGAAAGAAGCCCCGCAUGUUCGUAUAGCGCUUGUUGUAGGCAGCACUGGGGACAUCUGCCGUCGUAUGGCGAAGCUGUGUCCGUGAGCGCCGCCGCGGGUGGCGCUGUCAGGUUUCGGCGACAUGCAACCAGGACUCUUGAGAGGUGGAAACAGUAGCAGGCGAUGCACGUUGUGGCACGCUGCUACAGGUGACAGGGAUCACCGUCGUUAGAGCUCUGAGCAUCGAACACGUGUGGAGGCAUUCGGCCGACUACUGCUGACAAGUCACCAGCAUUUAGGCCCCGAUGAGCUUGUGAACAGUGAGAUCACAACGGACGCAUCCAGCUUGUGUGGAUGCCCUCGCGUCCAGAUCUGCAUGCGUUUGCGAAAUUUAGGUGCGUGUGUCGCUGCACAUCGCUGCACGAUAUGCAGCAUAUAAGUAUGCAUUGUAAUUUAUUACAAUUUGCAAUGUGCAUCAUGCGAUUGUGCACUUUGUGGACUGAAGCAAUGCUGAGAAAUGAGCUAAAGUCAAAGAAAUGCAUAUAUGGUCUUCAUUGUGCAAAUGCGAGAAUGUUUGGACAAGGCAUUGCGUCACACUGGGUUUUAUGAGAACUUUAGGUACUUGUUAACUGAAACCAAUCAUGCCUAACAUACCUUGCAAAAUCACGCAGGUGUACUCACACGCUUUUCAGACUGUGCCACCAUUUUGUUUUCUUGCCACUUUUUAUGACGGAAUCAGAAAUUCCAUCCGCUUGAGGCAAAUACGAUAUUUAUAGGCGUUCCUCAUUUAUCUCAUUUCUUGUUUUGCACAGAUGGCCUGAACUUUCCCACCAUGCACCACUCGUUUGUCGACUGUGAUCAUUGUAUUGCGUUGCACUGGUUACUCGGCUUUUGCUCUGUGCUGUGGAGUAAUGCAAUUUUGCAUGCACAUCGUCUUUGAUGGGGAAUGUGAAACCAUGAACACUUGAAAAUUAUAUCGCAUUAAAGAGUGAACACCAAUAUAGGAUAAUGGUCUGCGGCAUCCUGCAUUCUAUGCAUUUCACUACAUGGCUUUGGUGCAGACUUCGUUCAGGCGUGCAAAUUGCUGCACUGUUUUUGACACCAUUCGCAGCUAUUUGUUACAGCUGUUAUCUUCUGGAAGGAGAGUGAAAGACGCUUACGUCGUCACGUCACGUUUCAUGCCCGAUGCAACUUUACUGAAAUCAGAGCCUUUGCGAUGCGGCAUUUGCGGCAUUGGAUAAUUUGGGUUCAGUUUGUUUUUAUCCAUAAUUAAUCGGUUAUUUCGUGUCAUCAAAAUUGGGGGCUUAUUGAAAACCCCAACAAUUGCAAUCGCAGACACCUAGCGUUUGAAAAAGUACAAAUGAGCACACAGUUAAACGGUUCGGACCCUGAGACUCUAACCUAAAAAUCAUGCCCAUCUGCCAAAACAUUUGCAUGUCUCUGUCGGCCACGUGCUGCGUCGCAGUAAUGUUUGCAGACGUCUCUGUUUUAAGCGGCAUCUUUAUGGGCCAGCCAAUAGCUAAGUCUGUUAAUUUGAGUGAUCCCAUCCUGUCUGUGUUGCUCGGCCCCCUUCUUGUCAGCAUCACGUUUAUCGAUUUGCUAAACCAGGCUGCUGGGCUCAUCUUUGGAAUUUGCUGCGAGAUGAAGUGGAUACUUCGACUCUUCGUAAUACUUGCCGUGACUGCGUUCGUGACAAGAUGCGCAGCAGUGCUUAAAAAACCGGUGGUGACCGUGAAAACCGCGCCGUUCCUGGGCCGAUCCUGGACUUCGACCAACACACCUUACGACCAGAUGAACAGCGACAUCAAGCGCUACCACGUGCGCCUGCCGUCCCAGGUGCGGAACACUGCGUUAUACGCUUUCGAGAGUAAGCUGCACUGCUGUGGCGUCAAUGGACCCAAGGACUACAUAGUUACCAAAUCCAGCGCCUGUUACGCCAUCCCUCAGUCAACGGACGUGGCGAAUAACUCGAUCGCUAUUCCUAGUCCAUUCAAGAAAAACUCCAAGGACCCUGACUCAGGCUCGAAAUCCAUGCCGCCGUCGAAUACCGCUCUAGAGACAUCUGUCGGUGCAGCUCGCAUUAAUAGUUUUGUAGACAGCCACCAGGCAGCAGAAGGGCCAUCCGGUCGGGGCUCGGGCGGAGGCGUGUACCACCACGACGGCUGCAAGAGUCGUGUCACGAAAGUAUGGGAGGGGGCCAAGAUCUCGUUUGACGCCACGGUUACAGCCAUAUUCUGGAGUUUUCUAACUAUAGUACUCACCAUUAUCUGGAGUGAGUGUUGGGGAGACGGUAUGUUGACUGGCAUGAGCUGGGGCAAAGAAUGAGCUGUCUCCUACUUCUCGGGAAAGAGCGUCCCAGUUCUCAUUUAAAUAAGAAAUCGACACAUUCUGAGCCGAGUCGCGCCAAGACUGUUGUCUAUUGAUGUCUUCUAAAAUACGCUGUGAGUGUUGGCCUAUUUGUAGUACUACAUCUCGUCUGAUUAUUCAUAUUUUGUCCAGUGAAGGUCUGUAUUCAAUAAAGCGCGAAUAGCUAAGUUUCGAAGUGAG